UCUCUUUUAACACAAUUAAUAACUAUUAAUUUACCAUUUGCAUUUGACUGAAAUCUGUUUCAAAAACACGGCAACAGCACGCGUCAGAAAAAUAACCUUCCCGGUCACUCGCCGAUACACGUGUGGAACUCACGGUUAAAGCAGCGAAUGAGUGUCGCUAUUCGUACAAACGCUCCACCAUCGAACGGACGUAGCACGAGCACCAAACACAACAGUCUGGCACGUCGUCUGCAAACGCAACGUGAAACGUUUCAGUGCUUCCGUGACCGUGGUAAAGAAUUGACCGUUUUAUCCGAUACCUCCCGAACCGAGUUGCCCGUACGGCCUGUACAAAACCCAUCAAAGUGUCGGCGUUUCCGAUGGAUACGAUCGGGUGUGAUUCGCAAGGAUCCAACAGUCAAACAGUGAAACAUCAUCGCACGCGGUGGCAGUGUAAAAAGUGCAUUCGGUGUGUUUGUUCCUGUUGCUCCUAUUGUUCGCUAGUGUUGUAAUAAAAAUAUGCCUUCCGUUUGCUCACUACAGCAGCACGUUUCCGGUAGUGUUUAGUGUGUGUAGCGGGUUUUCCUCCCUAGUGCAAUCGCGUGUAAAUGUUUGCCACCGUUUUCUCCCGUGUUUCUAGCUGUAAAGUUUUCUGCAAAUAGUAUCGUUGUUGAAUAUAAAUAUGAAUGCUGUUUUAUCGGCCUUACUAAUAUUGUAACUAUUCACAAACACCUGUGUAGUCUCGGGAGGAUCCUUAGAUUUCUCCUUUUGUCUCCCAUUCUUCAACUUCUGUCCACUCUUACCCCGGGGGGUGGUGUGAAAAGUGUAAGCCGCAUAUCUUAAUGUCGAGUUCGUUCCACCUACCGUAAAACUUUCACUGUCUAUUGAGAGUUUUUCGGACCAUUUCGGAGUGUGUGAAACACGUUCAACCAUUUCCUCUUGUAUCAUCACCGCCAUCUGUAUCGAUAUGGUCGUAUCAUUACGAUGGUUCUUCAUCCUACAAUCAAGUGUGUAAGUGCGACUGUGAACCGUGUAAAGCUUUUUACUGCGAAUCAGUGUCAAAGUGUACGCGUGUGUGUCUGGUGUGAAUUUAUGGCAACGAGCACAAGAAGCAUAGCUGUAAUUCGUAAGCAUAAUUUAAUGGUGCGCAUCAUGUUGCGCUCGUAAUAGUAAAAAAAAAACGCUUGUCGAAUUGUGUUCCCCACUUCAUGUUGUUGGUGGUCGUGUUGUGUGCAACUGUUGAAUGAAUGGUUUAAAGUGAUCGUUAACCUGUCGCCGGUGGUUACAUUCUGCAUAUGCUAUAUAAUGUGAUAAGAAGCCAUUUUGGUAAAGUGCGUAUGUGAGUGCUUUUUUUUAAUGUUCAUAACAGAAAUUGUGAAUUGUUUGUAAUAAAACCCACACAAAAAAACGCAAUAAAAGUCAUUUUACUACGAUCGAUAGAUAAAGGAAGCAUAAAACGCAGCAGCAGAAAUUUUGGGCUGUAUUUCACAAGGAAUUGAAAACUCCAUUUCAUUCAGUGGCUGGUGUUUAUGGUGGUGGAUGAAGUAUCUGUUUAGAUUUAUAACCAUAACCAUACUGCGCUAGGGUAUGAAAUAAACAUUCUCUAUCGGAGCAGUACAGAAAAGUUUAGUCCAUCUACUUUGGUGGACAUAAAGUAAACUAUUUAUAACAAAAGAAAAUCAAAAGAUCAAAUCUCCGUGCAGCUAAAACUAGUUCCAAGCUGCAUCCCAACAGUUGGAAAAAGGUUAAGCCACUUCCGUUGCCAACAAAGUAAAAGACUAUAAAUUAAUUACUCAGCGCGUGUAACUAAUCCGAUUGUUUGCAAAUUUAUGAGCUAAUGGGUGGUUUGGUCGGCAUGAUGCAGAUCGGAUGAUAGUUGCCGGCUAAGCGUAAAUAUAGACUAAGCCACAUAAAAAUCGUCGAUUCGAUCCGACCUAGUCCAACUUCGAAGGCCAAACCCGGAUCCGCAUCGUUGUCAUCUUGGCCGGAAGCGGAUUACCGUACCCCCGUGGAAAGGAGUUUAAGUAGAAGAACAAGAAAAAACAAGAAAAAAAGCUUUACCGUAUGCGUAUAGAUUCGGUUUUACGGAUUGCGUGCGAGUGAUUAGUGUGCGGGAAAGAAAAGCGGCAAGUGAAAAUCCCGAUGACGCCGGAGUUCGCGACUGAUCGGAAAUAUAAAGAAAAUUAAUCCUUUCACGCCCUCCGGUCCGGGUGUAGCAAACGUAAUUAAGUGCUUAACGUGUUUGUGUGUGUACUUCGGGUUGUUUGUCUCGCUGUAGUUGCGUUUUUGUGUAUGUGUGGAUGUGAGUUUCAUUCUCGAAGCCUGGAAAAGGAAAAUCUUUCAACCCUAGGAAAAAUCGUCUACCAUCAGUUGUUACCGUUUUCGAUCCGAUGAAGUACACAAUGAAGCUGCUGGUAGGAUUUUUGUUCAUCUUCGCAGUCAAUUUCCCCUUCACAUCGAGCACGUUGCGCCGUGCAUUGGUUCUGCCCGAGACGGACUACGAAAGAAUUCUGGAACAGUCUGGACCGACGAACCGGAAUGCCGUCAGCGUAGACGGUGCCGGGUCGUAUCCACCGCACGGUACAGUGCCAUUUCGCUGUGAGGAUGGAUUCUUCCGGUGCAACAACACGCUUCAGUGCAUCGAACAGAGCAAAAACUGCAACGGAUUCCCGGACUGUGACGAUGGUUCGGAUGAACUUGAGUGUGAUGAUGAUGUUGGAAGGAAUUAUUAUGAUCAUUACUUCCGCAAGCGACCGGCUGCCAUCAACGAUCAGCUACCGUAUACAACCUGCAGCUGGAACGAUGCCAACAACACCUGCAAAUGCCGCGGCACGGAUGUGUUGUGCGAGUACAAGGGUCUCACAUCGUUACCGGCGGUACUCACCUCGGAAAAUGUCACACUACUCGAUCUUACAGGGAAUGUGUUUAUCGAGCUGAAUAUGAAUGCGUUCCAGCGGUUUCCGAAGCUCAGCACAUUAGUUCUGAGACACUGUUCGAUCGAGCGUAUCGAACCGGUCAAGCUGGCCAACAGUAUCGACGCACUCCACCUGGACCAGAACGGGUUGACGAUGCUGCCGGAUAACUUUUUCCCACUCGGUACGGUGUUAAGAAUACUUGUUCUGAGCGGCAACAGAAUUAAUCGGCUCGGUAGGAAAAACUUUGUCAAUUUGGAGUUUCUGGAGGAGCUUGACUUAAAAGACAACCAAAUCGAUUCACUCACCGAGGACGUGCUGGCACCGCUGACAAAUCUUCGUAUACUGUAUCUAAAUAAUAACAGACUACGGAAGCUGGUCCCGGGGAUGAUACCGCAGCUGGUAACACUGCAAACGCUGUCACUGGCGAAGAACCAAAUCGAAACGAUAGAAGUUUGUGCCCUGGAUCUUCCAUCGCUGGAACAUCUCUAUUUGUCGGAGAAUUUACUCACCGUGAUCCGUAACGACACGUUCGGCAACCUAACGAAUUUAGUAGGAUUAUUUUUAAAUAGCAACAAAUUAACCCAUUUCGAGCUGGAUGCGUUCAGCGGCAUUGCCAAGCUGGCAACACUAAACCUGCAAGGAAACAAAUUUGAUCGAAUCGAUCGGCGCGUGCUGGAUAACCUCACCAACCUGCACCACAUACACUUCACCGAGUUCCAUCACUGCAAGGCCGCCCUGCACGUGCGUGUCUGCGAGCCGAAAGGCGACGGUAUCAGCAGCAACCGCCAUCUGCUCGAUAAUCCCGUGCUGCGAGCAAGUGUGUGGGUAAUGGCGGCUGUAGGUAUUGUCGGGAAUUUGCUCGUCCUGUUCGGUCGCUAUAUGGUAGGAUCGCGCAGUAGUCAAGCGCACGCGGAACAUUCGCUCUACUUGCGCCAUCUAGCGGCAAGUGAUCUAUUGAUGGGGGUGUAUCUUGGCAUUAUAGCAACGGCGGACAUUAUCUUCAGAGGUGAAUAUCUUACGCACGACGAAGAAUGGCGCAUGAGUUCGAUCUGUGCGUUUAGUGGCUUUCUGAGUACACUUAGCUGCCAAUCGUCCACGCUGCUGCUGACACUCGUCACCUGGGACCGGCUAGUGUCCGUAACGCGCCCACUUUACCAACGUUCGUCCAGCAAAACGCGCGUCAUCUUGCGGCUAGCGCUACUGUGGGGUAUUGCAACGGCAGCUGCGGUAGCACCACUGUCCGCGAUGGAGUACUUCGGACCACACUUCUACGGUAGCAACGGUGUGUGCCUGUCCGUUCACAUCCACGACCCGUACGCGAUGGGUUGGGAGUAUUCGGCCGGGCUGUUCAUACUGGUGAAUACGGUUUCGUUGCUUUUUAUCGGCAUCUCGUACCUGCGGAUGCUGCAAGCGAUUCGUGUAUCACGCAACGAAACCCGCAACACACUGAACUGCCGGGAAACGGUGGUCGCCCGAAGGUUUGCCAUCAUCGUUGCAACAGAUUGUGUCUGCUGGAUGCCGGUGAUUGUAGUGAAAUUAGUUGCACUGGCAGGAUACGAAAUUUCUCCUUCACUGUACGCGUGGCUGGCAGUGCUGGUGCUUCCGAUCAAUUCCGCCCUCAACCCCGUACUAUACACAUUGACAACGGCCCAGUUCAAGCAACAGCUCGCGCGCUUCUGCUAUUCGCUACCAUGUGGCGCUCAUACAGAGUACGAUUCAGCCAUCGACUCGCGGAACUCGAUGGCACAAUUUUCACACAACGGAAGCAAACGAUUGAUGAAUCGAAGGGAACGGCUUUCCUCCAACACGAAGGUGUACGAGUUCAAAUAGCAAUUGUCGAAUGGGGGAGCCAGUGACCGGCGCAGUGUCCGCGUUCGGCAUCGUCCCUCGGACGCAUCCGA